CUGCUGUGCCUAGAAAGCGUCUGACUGAUCUGCAGCCAGAGCAGCGACUUGCUGCUUCUCCAGCCGCGCAUGCCCACAUCAUGCGUCAGUCCCUGUGUCGUGGACUCCGCCCUCGCCCUCCGAGCAUGCGCUCUCGUUUCCUCGUCCCCGGGCUCCGCGCCUGCGCAGUGCCCAGAGGCGCCGGAGCUCUGUGGCGGCGGCGGCGGGGAAAUGGCGGCCGUGGUGCUGGUGUCCGUGGAGAGCGGCUCGGGGAUGAUACCGGCCGGCAGCCCGGCUGCGUGCGGGGCUCCCGCGGGUCCCUGUGGGCCGGGGUCGUGGAGCCGUUCCCUGGACCGGGCCCUGGAGGAGGCGGCGGUGAGCGGGGCCCUGAGUCUGAGCGGCAGGAAGCUGCGGGACUAUCCGCGGGGCAGCGCCGCCAACCACGACCUGAGCGACACCACGCAGGCCGAUUUGUCACGGAACAGACUCUCGGAACUUCCUGCAGAAGUGUGUCACUUUGUUUCCCUUGAGAGCCUUAACUUGUACCAGAACUGCAUUCGUUACAUCCCAGAGACCAUCCUGAAUCUACAGUCUUUAACAUUUCUAAAUAUCAGUCGAAACCAGCUUUCAACAUUGCCAGUACACAUGUGUAGUCUACCGUUGAAAGUUUUGAUAGCAAGUAAUAAUAAGUUGGUCUCACUACCUGAAGAAAUUGGACAGCUCAGACACCUGACAGAGCUUGAUGUGAGCUGUAAUGAAAUACAGACAAUACCUCCGCAGAUUGGCAGUCUGGAAUCUUUGCGUGACCUGAACAUCAGGAGAAAUCAUUUGGUGCAUUUACCUGAAGAGCUUGCAGAAUUGCCUUUGAUUCGAUUCGAUUUCUCCUGCAAUAAAAUCACAACAAUUCCUGUUUGUUAUCGGAACCUCAGGCAUCUUCAGACAAUCACACUAGAUAACAACCCUCUACAGUCACCCCCGGCACAGAUAUGCAUAAAAGGAAAAAUCCACAUAUUUAAAUACCUGAACAUAGAAGCAUGCAAGAUAGCUCCAGACUUGCCUGAUUAUGAUAGGAGGCCCAUGGGAUUUGGCUCUUGCCAUGAGGAACUGUACUCCAGUCGUCCCUAUGGAGCACUAGAUUCUGGUUUCAAUAGUGUGGACAGCGGAGACAAAAGAUGGUCAGGGAAUGAACCUACAGAUGAGUUCUCAGACCUCCCUCUGCGAGUGGCAGAGAUCACUAAAGAGCAGAGACUGCGAAGAGAGAGAGAGUACCAGGAGAACCGAGGGAGCACGGUUGUAACUAAUGGUGGAGUGGAACACGAUCUGGAUCAGAUUGACUAUAUUGAUAGCUGUGCCACGGAAGAGGAAGAGGAAGAGGGCUCACCAGUAAAGCCAGUGCCCAUCAGAGAUUUUCAGAGAACAGAAGACACAAGACGAUAUUUGCAUCAAAAUAGGGAUACCGAUGAAUUACGAAGACCAGAAACACUAACCUUGAUGCAGGACAGAGAGCGACACCAAGGACAGAGGAGUUAUGUAGACAAGGCAGAGAGAGUGAUGACAGACCCACUAUAUCAGCAGCUUCACCGACUACCCAAACAGUCCACCUUUCCUCUCUGUAUCCUGGCCCUGCCGCUCCUCCUUCCUAUAGAAACCCUUCCCAGCGACCUGAGAGUUUCCUUUUCCGAGCAGCUGUAAGGGAUGAAAUGAACAAAGCUGUUGCUUCAUCUCCCUCUUCUGCCACAUCUCCUCCUAAUGAUUCUACAGACCCCAAAGCAAGGCAGAACUCCAAGCAACGUGAGGAAGAGUUGGAGCUAAUAGAGCAACUGCGGAAGAAUAUUGAGUCACGGUUAAAAGUGCCUUUGCCCAGUGAUCUUGGAGCAGCUCUUACUGACGGAGUUGUUCUCUGCCACUUAGCCAAUCAUGUGCGGCCUCGAUCUGUUCCCAGCAUCCAUGUCCCCUCGCCUGCUGUACCUAAGCUAACAAUGGCAAAAUGCAGACGAAAUGUGGAGAAUUUCCUGGAAGCUUGCAGAAAGAUUGGUGUGCCUCAGGAGCGAUUAUGUUUGCCUCUGCAUAUUUUAGAAGAGAAAGGUUUGACACAGGUAGCAGUGACAGUCCACGCACUUCUGGAGCUUGCACCCCCAAAGCAGCAGCAUCACCACUUGUCUGCUGCGUAAAGAUCUCCAGGACCUUUUGGUUUCCCUUGGCUAAGGAGAAGAACAUGAAGACUUUACUGCUGGUGCAGUGUAUCCAAACACACAGAGCUCGGUUCUAAGAAGGAAAUUAGCUUCUGUGAUUCCUGACAGGAAUGUUUUGCUUCAUUUCUCCACUUUUUUGGAGAUCACACCAGUUUCCAUUUAAUUUUUUACCAAUAUUUUUUCCCCUUUAUAAAGUGAGGUUUUUUCCGUGGGGAAAAUUCCUUUGUCUGGUUGUUUAAAAGCAUCUGUUAAAACUGACUAUGUAGAUGUAGGGGAUUUAUAUAUACAGUUGGAAAAACUGUAAGAUUCCUACUAGGAUGUAUUUCCAAAGGGGAUGUUUCCAUUGCAACACAGUGAUGGAUACUGCUUGUCCUCCCCAGGAGUCCCAGAGAGAGUUUUCCCUGCUUCUAAGAAACGCCAGCUCUUUCCAGUGCAUAUAAAGAUCACAGGUUAAGACUGUGUUUUGAAGCUGAUGAGUCUCAGUUUUUCAAAGCAAGACUGAAAGUGAUACUUCAGUCUGUGUUGGCAUGUCCUCAAUAUUCAAAAAAUAUAGAGAGUGCUGUUUUUUUCCAGGGAAAACAUACUGCUUGUUACCUCUAUAAGUAACACACAUUUCAGUGAAAGAUACUAAACCAUAACUGUUCAAAUAGUUUUAUUAAACAAAUCAAAAUAUUUGCUGGCUUUAAGCUUCUGUUGGUUAUAAAUCUCUCUUUGUAUUGGAAUCUUCCCCACUUCAGUGGGAAAGAUCUUACCCCUUUCUUGCCCUCUCCUACCCAUCAUGGGGACUCGGUUACUAAAUGGUAAUGUUAAAUUGGUCUAUGGCUUGUAUGUGCUGCAAAUAAUGACUGAAGAUUUUCCUAUGGAGAAUCAUGUACCUAUUUUCAUUUCAGUGCAAAUAAUCAUAAGCUAUCAAACCAUCAUUAGAGAUCUGUUAUCCAAUUCUGUUUUCAAUUGAAAACAACACACAACCACCCCCUUACACCAAUGAAGACCCCAGUUAUGUAGGAACAAAUUAUUGUAGGAAAGAAUGAGAUUAUUGAAUUCCUGGAGUGGUUCUGUGUGUUGGCAUAACGCUCAGCUUUCAAAAUGCCAGUCUUUUGCAAAAGGAAAUUUCUGCGGGUGGGUUUGAGAGAAUGUGUUGUUAAAGCAUGUUUUCUUGUAGUUCAUACAGUGCUAUAAACUGCCUUUACUCCCCUCCGCCUACCUCCUUUUCUCCAAAAAAUGGAAAUUCAAAAUAUGUGAACAGGAAACUGAAAAUAAGGUAUGAGGUUACUUUAAAGGUGACUGGCAAAGUCCAGAAUUCUCUGCUGCCUUGGCCCCCUGACUAGGCUGGGUCACAUCCAGCCCUGUAGUAACUUUAUUUUUUGAUAUAGUAACAAUUUAAAAAUCCUGUUCUCCCACAAUGAAAUCCUCUUGCUAUUUCCUGGGGUAUCCCAGAAGACACCUCUGCCAUUAUCAUGGAUUGCACAGGGUGUGAAUGAGACUUCUGGUAUUUGUGGUGUUCCAUUCUGGGGUAUUGUUAGUGAACCAGUAAUACCAAGAGGUUUUCAGAAGGGAUGAAGUGAGCAGAAGAGAUGGAAAAAGGGUUAGUUAAAAGUUUUCUUUGCUGUAAUAAGCCUGGUCAUGGGAACAUUUGAGCACAGAAGUCUGGGCUUAGCUGAAUUUUCCCUUUAGAUUUGUCAUUCCAUUCUCACCCUGAUUUGUUUGCAUAAUAAUUAUUUCAUGGUAGCUUGUGGUAACUGUUGUCUCAACGAUUUCACAUAAGGAAAUAUUUUGCUUCAUAUUGGUGUUGACGCCACUGAUCACACCAUAAGUCUAGAAAAACACGUGAAGGAUAUUUAAAACUAGAGUCGCACAGUUGAUAAGAGAAAAUAUUUUCAUAAUGUGUAAGUGGCUGCCUUGGGUUCUGGAAGAUCUGAGUAUGCCAGUAACAUGCAUCAUAAAAAGGAAGAGAGCAGCUCUGUACAGGUACACCUUCCCCCAGCAAACGGUUAGACUGUGUUCACAGCACCUUGUUCCAAGGGAAGGCUGGCAAAGGACAGAGCUGGUCCUUGAAGGAUUAUGUGGCAGUGAAAGGAGAAUUUUUUUUUUACUGCAGUCUCUGCCCUUUGUUGAAUGGGGGAUGGCAUCUCACUGCUGACACUAUAGACUAGUGGUUCCCAAACUUUUUCCCCCCACCCCCAUCCCCUGAAGCAGUGGGGCCAGUUCAGAUAUUUCUUGGGAGGAGGCAGGUUUUUUCAACCCUGUGCUGCCCGGUCCCACAGCCAGCCCUACUCUCCCCUUGUCACCCAUUCCCCAGGGUAGUGGGAGGAGUUGUCAUUGCAACGUGGAGCAGGCGGGGCACACGGACUGGGCACUCCGGCCCAUCAGUGGUGGCAGCACGGGCUCCCCAGUGCUGCAGCUCCCUGCCAGGCUGGGGGUUCUCAUUUCAGCACUGCCAGCCCUUGGAUUCUUCUACCAGCAGCAGAGACUAGCAUCUCUGCAGCCAGCUCCGUGCACCCCAGGAUGGGACCAUCAGCAGCUUCUCUGCCUCCCCUCCCUGCUGGCUCGAGGCUUCCAGCAACGCCCAGUGGAGAGGCCGGCGGUUCUUGGAGGGCCCAGCAGGCAGAGCGGGAUUGGGUGCUGCGCGUGUCCCCUCCAGAGCUCCCGCCUCCCUCACGCUGCUCCCUACCCCUCCUCCCUGAUGGCGCAAAAUCUUUUAACCCUCUGCGGGUUGUGAUCGCCCGUUUGGAAAACUCUGAUAUAGACAAUUCUGCCAUAGACCAUAAAUGCUUCCUUAGGGGUUGUCUACAAAUCAUUGUUAAAGGGGAGUAACAAAUGAUCUGAAUUCUCAGUACUAGAUACUUUGCAUUCUGUGUACCUGGGUAUUAGGUUUUGUUUAAUAGAUCGAAAGAAAUCUGUUAAACUUAAUGUGGAAUUGUGAGAGUCUGUUAUUUGCUCCAGCCCAGCUUCCCGGACUUACAGAAACUGACUGUAACAGCAUUCAUGUUGGUAGAAGUUGGACAUUUCAUAAAUGUUAAUUUUUGGAAAACUAACCACACCUCUACCCCGAUAUAACAUGAAUUCGGAUAUAACGCGGUAAAGCAGUGCUCCAGGGGGGCGGGGCUGCGCACUCCGGCGGAUCAAAACAAGUUCGAUAUAACGCGGUUUCACCUAUAAGAUUUUUUGGCUCCCGAGGACAGUGUUAUAUCGGGGUAGAGGUGUAUUUGGAGUUUGAGCCUGACUUUCAGUGAAUAGCCACUUCUCAGUGUGUCUUGUAAAAUCAGCCACUGUCGCACACACGUGUGUAGACGAAUUUUACAUCAGCAACUAUGCUUGUAUGCCUGGUCAGGUGUAUGCUCCUAUUUUCUUUACAGUUCUAAAUAAACGUUUCACUCGAGCAAGUACACAUUUGUGUGGUCAUGUUAGUUUGACUCUUUAAUUUUCUGUUUUCAUGCUGGCAAACACUAAACGUUGACCAGACAUCGAGGAUGAAAAUCCAAAUCGGAAAUUUCAAGAUACGGUUUAUUUGUGAUGUAUUAUACCAAAAAACCCUUCCAUUUUCUGUUGUAAAUAAAUGGGUUGGGAUUUUUUGGUAUAUUUAUGUGCAAUUUUUGUUAUAUCCAGUGAAAAAAUAUUUUAAAGAAAACACAUUAGAUUUCAUUUUGUGUGCUAAAGCAAGAAUCAAUUGUGGUCUUUCCCUUUUGGGGCAUUUGUGUUGGGGAAAAAUCCAUUUCAGAGUGUAGCGCUUGCUAGUAGGUUUAUGUUAACUCCGCUGUGUUGUUACCCUUACACAAACCUUGCUAAGCACUGAAGAACAUUGAGGAUCGAUAACGUUAAGAAAUAGAAAUUGAAGUGGCACUGGCACUUAAUGGUCCUUGAUGGUGUUGAAAUGAUCUGGUCAGGAAAUAGGGGAUUUUGAUUUCUCCUCCUUGAGAGCUAGCGACGGGGGAGACUUGUUCGGAAAGCCCCUUCCUUGCUGGGUUAUUAAAUUCUAGACAACGUUUUACAGCACUGAGAACACUUCUGUUGCUCUUAGCAGUGACGUGAUAACUGGUGUUUUUUUUAAUCUUUUUAUGACUUUAAAUGGUUCUUUGACAUUUUUGUUUUAGAAGCAGAGGAAUUCUAAGGUGGAUUUAAACAUUUUAAAAAAUCGUUUGUAUAGAUAUUGUGUUUUACAAACAAUCUAAUUUUGUUUCUGAAAACCUUGUAAACGUGUAAUUAAUAGAGUAAAGGAUUUUUAAAGCUCUGCCUAUACUUGUAUGUCUGUAAAUACAUUCCAUAAUUUCUAAGACUGUUAAGUAUAAAUAUGCCAGAAUAUUGUGUACUUUAUUUUAAAUUGCCUGUAUGCUGCUAGUUGUGUGAACUUCUAGCACACUGAUAAUAUAAAACCAAAUACCUGGGUAAUUUGAAAUAAAGUUUUAAAACCUACAUGAACUGAAA